CACUUGUUUGUUGUUUCCCAUAGCAUAGUAGAAGGAAGCAUUAGCAUCGACAUUAGCAGCAUCAAUGGCCUCUUCAGUGAUGGCUUCUGUGGCCCUCAAACCUGCCCCUUUCACUCUUGACAAGUCCUCAGUUAGAGGGCUUCCCUCCCUUUCAAGGAACUCCUCUUCCUUCAAAGUUGUGGCCAGUGGUGGCAAGAAGAUCAAGACUGACAAGCCUUAUGGAAUUAAUGGUGGCAUGAACUUGAGGGAUGGAGUUGAUGCAUCUGGCAGGAAAGGAAAGGGAAAGGGUGUUUACCAGUAUGUGGACAAAUAUGGUGCUAAUGUCGAUGGGUACAGUCCUAUCUACGACACCAAGGAAUGGUCACCAACCGGUGAUGUCUACGCUGGCGGUACGACUGGAUUGGCUAUCUGGGCUGUAACUCUAGCUGGUCUUCUAGCUGGUGGUGCACUUCUAGUCUACAACACAAGUGCUUUGGCUCAAUAGACUAUGCAAAUCCAUGUUUAAGUUACAACUUAGUCCAUGUAACUAUCUAAAAUCGAAUUCUUCAUCAAGUACUUUGUGGAUAUGUUCCGUCUGUUAUAAAUGCGUGGUGGAUUUGAAAAAUCUUUUUGUUAGUAUAAUCAUGCAUCAUCAUCGGUGUCUC